AUGGAUAGCACAAAUGGCUGUAGUAUAAAUAUUGAGGAGGCCUCACUAGUUGUGCGCCGAGCAAAAAUUAGUCCCGGUAUUCUAUUAGCGCAUGCAAAAGCUCUAUCUCAUGGUACUGCAAAAUAUCUUAUUACACGUGUCGAGGUAAAAGCUUUUUCUCUACUCUCAGGCGUUCACUCUGAAACGCUUGAUAAUGUUAUUCUCGGUCAAAUGCCAAAAAGAAUAAUAAUUCGGUUUGUGGACAAUAUUGCAUUCAAUGGAAACGGAAACAAAAAUACUUUUAAUUUUCAAAAUUAUAAAAUUAAUCAUCCCUCGCUUUAUGUUGAUGGUACACAGAUACCAUCUGAACCACUACAGCCAUCAUUUGGGGAUAAAAAGUUUUAUGUCGAAGCUUAUCACACGUUAUUUAGUGGAACUGGUAUCCAUUUUCUGAACGAAGGAAAUAAUAUUGACAGAGAUAAUUAUCCUGCAGGAAACUGUCUGUUCGCCUUUGAUCUUACACAUGAUCUCUCAGUAAAAUGUUACUCUCACUGGAAUCUUGUAAAACAUGGUAGCCUCAGAAUUGACGUGCGAUUUGAGGACGCAUUGACUAGUACUACUAAUUGUCUUGUAUAUGCGGAAUAUGAUAAUGUUCUGGAAAUAGACUCGUCCAGACAGAUUAUUGUCGACUUUAGCGCUUAA